AUGACUCAACAACCACAAACUGAGGGAGACCAUGUUCUCCAGACACCUCUAUGGAUUGUAAUUAUCCGCGCCUUUCAGUUUCUGGUGUCUCUCAUCAUCGUCGGUCUUUGUGGCUGGAUGAUCCAUGAUGCCGGACUCCCAGAAAACUCUCUCUGUAUUGCUAUUGCAGUCCUCACCUGGAUAAUAGUCGUCUACUCCAUCUUGACAGAAAAACUUCCCGCCCUUCGAAGCUUAUACCACAUCAUCGCUGUCCUCUGCCUUGACGCACUGAUGCUCAUUCUCUGGCUCGCCGCCUGGGCUGCUACCGCCUCUCGCCGAGCCAAGUAUGUUGUGCCUGUCAACGUGGGUAACUGCGUCGAUGAUGGCAGUCUCAUCGACAGCAAGAACUGCAGUGUAUUUUUUAAACGUGAUGGAGAGAAUGUCAUUCUUUUCAAGACUGGUCUGGCCAUCUUGGCUGCCAUCGCUGGUUUGGGAGCCUUGGUCUGGAUUCUGUUUAUUGUUACUUUUGUUUGGAGUCUUGUCAUGUUUCUUCAAGGACGCAAGCAAGGUCGUUUCGCUAUUGAUCUCUCUGGCCCGACAAACAACUACCAAAUGGAGCCCAAGACUGAAGCUCAGGUUAAUGUCCAGCCUCAACCUGUCCAAGCUGCACCUCAAUACCAGCAGCAGCAGCAACAACAACCUGCUCCUGGACAGUUCCAACAACAGCAGCAAUAUCCUCCCCAGCAACAACAGCAAUACCCUCCUCAACAACAGCAGUACCCCCCUCAAACAACUCCCUCUCCAUACCAACCUACCCAGAGCCCAUACCAGCAACAAGGCGCUUACCCUCCUCCUCCCGUAUCGCCUUAUGAUCCUCAACAAGGUCAGCAGCAGAAUUAUGCACAGUAUCCUCCCCAGCAAUACCACGAAGUCCCUGGUACUACAUCGUCGCCACCUCCUCAACAGCAGCCUUAUCCUGCUCAGCAGUAA